CUUCUUAAUUUAAGCAAGAGUAAACUUGUACAUUUUGCACAUUUGCUGUAGUGAAAAGCACAUACAGGAGAGGCGGCACUUGUCAGAUUGGUUUUAUGGUUUUUGUUUAUAGGUUUAGCUCUGUAUAAAGGAAUCAGCAUCAGAUUUUAAUUCUCUCCCUCCAGAUAAGGUCUCACAAUUCACAAACACCUUCACGGGCUGAAGGAUCUCCAGUGGAUAUGAACAUCUCUCUCUAAUUUUGGACCUCAAAUUCAGAGAUCUGGAUAAUUUCAUGGUUGGUCGUUCUUAGAUUUUGAUAUCGAUUGCAACCUGAAGUCCAAAGAGUUGCAGAAUUGUGUGCAAGUUGGGGAAAUUUGAUGCUGAAAAUGGAGGGACUAGAGAUUUCCAAUGAUGAGUCUUAUGUGAAACUCUUGAGGGAAGAUGAUGAGGAAGACUUUCGAAGUUGUUGUGAAGAUGACGAUGAUGAGCAAGUUUGGAAAGACAACGAAGUAUUGGCAAAGGAAGAGCAGCUGGAUAAUCUAGAUGAAUUUUCGGUCAAGAUGUAUUUCAAGGGCAUUUCAAUUGCCAAGGCUGAAGAUUCCUGCUCUGGGUUCUCCGGGAUUGGGGUGGUUAUUGAAAGGUCAGCGGACUUUCCUACUAUUCAGGUGCAAAAGGAGCUUCAAUUCUAUGUUGAGGAAUCUGUGGCGGACUAUUUAGCUUUGAUGGAUGGACUGGCAGAGGCCGUGCGGAGCAAAAUCCGUUGUGUGUAUGCUUUCACUGAUUCUGAGUUGUUAUAUGAUCAGAUUGCCCAUGAGAAAAAAUUAGAGAUUCCGAUUCUGGUAGCACUCAGGCAAAGGAUUUUGGAACAUGCAAAUAACCUGGAUGUUUUUGUGCUAAAGCUUGUUCCCAGUGCUAAGCUCGAGAUACCAUUGCAAUUAGCAAAAGUAGCAGUUGGGCUUGUCUCCUCUCCUUCCAAGGGAAAUAAAGUACUGGAAAACUGUUCCAUUUGCUGUGAAGACAAACCAUCAUCAAUGAUGAUUACGAUGAAGUGUUCCCACGAAUUCUGUUCUCAUUGUAUGAGGACCUAUGUUGAUGGAAAAGUACAAUCAUCUCAAGUACCUGUUAGAUGCCCUCAGUUGGGAUGCAAAUAUUACAUAUCGACUGGUGAAUGCAGAUUGUUUCUUCCUCACGUUUCUUAUGAAUAUUUUGAGAAGGCCCUUGAAGAAGCAGAUGUUCUUCACUCGGAUAAAAUGUACUGUCCAUUUCCAAGUUGCUCUGUGCUCUUUGAUCCCAAUGAAUGUUUGUCUGCCAGGGCGAGCUCAUCAAGUCAGUCGGAUAACAGCUGUGUUGAGUGCCCCGUUUGUCAGAGGUUUAUCUGUGUGGAAUGUGGGGUUCCUUGGCAUUCUUCAAUGAGUUGUGAAGAGUACCAGUGCCUCCCAUUGGAGGAGAGAGAUGCUGCAGACAUUACUUUGCAUCGCCUGGCACAAAAUCAGAGGUGGAGGCGUUGCCAACAGUGCCGUAGGAUGAUCGAGCUCGCUCAAGGUUGCUACCACAUGACCUGCUUGUGUAGGCAUGAGUUCUGUUAUUCAUGCGGUGCUGAAUACAGGAAUGGCCAACAGACUUGUCAGUGUGCCUUUUGGGAUGAUAACAAUUCCGAGGACUUGGUUUCUCACUCAGUUCAAGAAUCAGAACAAUGGGCAUGGGAGGCUUUCAAUUCACUCCCUAUGAUCAUGGAUGGAUACUCAGACCAAGAGAAGUCACAACUGGCACUUAUCCAGAGAUUCCUCUCUGGGGGUUUCAGUCUGAGUGACCAUAAUCCGUGCCAGUCUCCACCUCGUUGUACAGACUCAUACGUGGAUACCAUGAAGGAUCUUCAUCAGCUCCCAUGGCUCGAGAGGUUCGUUUCUGUUAUAAGUGACAAUUACUACGAAGACUUCAUCCAGUGAAGCAAAUAUACGAGUAUGCAGAACUUGGGUAACUAGUUAUUUGGCUUUCCUUUCCAGCAGCUGCAUGUGACGGAGGUAGAAGUGUUUCUCACACUCACCACUUCGUUAUCAUUUACUUGGGAAUGUGCAAACUUGCACUUCUAUUCCAUGUACUCUUAAUUACUGCACACUACAUAUAUGCCCUGAACUCAGGUCAUAUGACUGAGAGAAGUGAAAUACAUUCUUCUUAAGAGAGAAGGGUUGAAUAGAUAGAAAAAGCAAUUGAUUAUGAAGUCAAUUAAAGGAGAUUAAGGGAAACAAAUCUUGUCAUUUUAUUUAUGCUUUGUUUGUACUUGCUCUUACGA